GAGAGAGAGAGAGAGAGGAGAAUGGAGGUGCAAAGUAUGAAGGCGAGUUCAAAGUUGAUGGAAGUUCAGAAAGUACUCCACAUGAAUGGAGGGAACGGAGAGACUAGCUAUGCUAAGAACUCAACAUCCCAGAAUAAGGUAAUAUCCAUGGCAAAGCCCAUAAUAAAGAAAUCUGUGCUGGAUAUGUAUGACACCAGCUUCCCAGAGACCAUUACCAUAGCGGACUUGGGUUGUUCUUCGGGCCCCAACACCCUGUUGGCUGUCUCCGAGAUGAUAAACAUUGUUGAUCAAAGAUGCCGUCAGCUAGACCGUUCCUCACCGGAGUUUCAGGUGUUUCUGAACGACCUCCCGGGAAACGAUUUCAACAGCGUGUGCCAGUCACUGCCAGCAUUCCACGAGAAGCUCAGGGAAGAAAAAGGAGAAAAGUUCGGACCGUGUUUUGUUGCCGUUGUACCAGGUUCUUUCUACGGGAGGCUCUUCCCCAGCAACACCCUACACUUUGUGCACUCUUCUUCCAGUCUGCAUUGGCUCUCUCGGGUCCCUCCAGGACUGGAUGCCAAAGCGAAUCCACCAUGGAAUAAGGGAAAGAUAUACAUCUCUAAGACAAGCCCGCCUGAUGUUGCAAAGGCAUAUUUAACGCAGUUUCAAAGGGAUUUCUCGCUGUUUCUCAAAUCGAGAGCAGAAGAAAUAGUUGCAGGAGGGCGGAUGGUGUUGACAUUUUUAGGUAGGAUUACUGCAAACCCCUCGUCUGAAGAAAGCUGCUAUCUUUGGGAGCUCUUAGCCCAGGCCCUCACAGACUUGAUAACAGAGGGGAUCGUUGAAGAGGAGAAGUUGGAUUCGUUCAAUGCACCCUUCUACGCACCCUCUGCUGAGGAAAUCAAAUCAGAGAUAGAGAAAAACGGGUCGUUUGAACUUGACUGUCUUGAGAGUAUGGCGUUGGAUUGGAGUCAAGAUCAGGAAAAGGAUGAAUGUGAUAAGUUAACGAAAGCCUUGGGUUUGGCUAGGGCUAUCAGAGCCGUUUCGGAAUCUAUGCUCCAAAAUCAUUUUGGAGAAGAAGUCAUGGACCGUUUAUAUCAAAGGUUUGGCCAUCUGCUGGUGGCCACUGUAAAGGGAGUCAAGCACAUCAACAUCAUUGUGUCCAUGAUUAAGAGAAACACAUGA